ACCUCGUCUCCCAACUCAACUCGCGAGCCUCACACAUCCAACUCAACUCGCACCCGAGAGGAGAGAGAGAGAGAGAGAGAGAGAGAGAGAGAGAGGAGGAAAAAAACGAGACCAGGCAGCAAAACCCUAGCCCGCUCCCCGACGCGCCACCGCCGGCUGAUGGUUUCGAUGAGCACGACGCCGAAGCCGCUCGACUCCGCCGCCAACGCCGCCGCCGCCGUCGCGGGCGGAGGCGGGGAUGAUGGGGGUGGGGGCGGGAAGCAGCAGCAGCGGCGGAUGCGGGGGGCGGUGGUGAUGGCGCCGCCGCCGAUGGCGGUGCCGACCCCGGCCCCGGCGCCCGCGGCGGGGGAGGAGGUGCGGAAGGUCAGGAAGCCCUACACCAUCACCAAGUCGCGGGAGAGCUGGACGGAGCCGGAGCACGACAAGUUCCUCGAGGCCCUGCAGCUUUUCGAUCGUGAUUGGAAAAAGAUUGAAGCAUAUGUUGGCUCAAAGACUGUUAUACAGAUUAGGAGCCAUGCACAGAAGUACUUCUUGAAGGUUCAGAAGAAUGGUACAGGCGAGCAUCUGCCUCCACCCCGGCCAAAACGAAAGGCAGCUCAUCCAUAUCCACAGAAGGCAUCUAAAAAUGUUUCUCAAGCUGUUUUGUCUCAACAACUCCCUCAGAGGGAGCAAGGCUCAGUCAUGUCUGUGGAUACAUCUACUGCUGUUAGAAAUUCAAAUGGAAAUUCAGCAAUGCCUUCCUGGGACAAUGCUCCUGUUCAACCUUUCAGUGCAAGUCAUGUGCAUGGUGCCGUUGCAACAAAUAACUGCUCUAGUAGCAUAGAGAGCCCAUCUGGAACGUGGCCAACUUCUGAAGCAGUUGAGCAAGAAAAUGUGGUCCCACCACUCCGUGCCAUGCCAGAUUUUGCCCGAGUAUACAGCUUCCUGGGAAGCAUCUUUGAUCCUGAUACCAGUGGGCAUUUGCAGAGGUUAAAAGCGAUGGAUCCAAUUGAUGUUGAAACGGUACUGCUGCUUAUGAGAAAUCUAUCAACAAACCUUACUAGUCCUGACUUUGAAGAACAUCGGAAGUUGCUAUCAUCAUAUAGUUAUGGCAGUGAUGGCCACAUUAAAUCUGAAGGCAUGGAAAAUCUUGGAUCUCCUCAGAGUUGCCAUCUCCCAUUCAUGGUAACAAGUGAAUGAGAGAACACUGCCCAAUUGCGGUCGAAGCAUCAGUUGUUUCCACGAAGCGUUCUUGUGUGCUCUCUGUGCUGGAGUUGUGGACGGCUGGUCUGGCAGUUUACGAAUGCUAGAGAUGUAUUAUGGCAGUGGCAUCUGUAUAGCUUCCAAUAAUAUGGUCUAACCCUAGGCUAGUUUUGCUCUUCAUGUUCAUGUAGAUAGCCAGUUUUGUGUGCUCAUGCAAUUUUUUUUUCCUGGGUGGGGGCUAGAUCGAUAUGUUUUUUUGUUAUACACACCUCUGUGUGCGUGUAUGUAAAUAUGUUUGAUCAUGUAAUGUUUGAGGUACUGGGAGUCUUUGAUCAAGACAAGACAUAACAUAUACCGAAUAAUCAUGGUCGCUGUUCACCCUCGUCGACUAUAUAAUGAAAGUUUUUCAAUCGUGGACC